AUGGCUCUUGUAAUAACAAGGAAAAAUUCCUCUUUUUUUCCAGCAAUUGAGGCUGGUUAUUACUUGUGCCCAGUAUGUAAUGACACUUCCAUAGAAAUGUACCAGUCUCACAUGAAAGGAAAUAAGCACAGGAUUAAGUGUGAACAAGGGGAGCAUUCCAGCCUUUUCUCAAAAAACCAGUCUCCUACAAAUACUAGGGAAAAGAGAUUGCCAAGCUGGCCAUCAGCUUGUGAGCAUGCACUAGAAAAGACACCUAAUUGUCUCUCUAAAAGAUACUGGAAGGAAGAGCAAAUAUCCAAGGUGGCCACCAUCAGAGAUAAGAGCUCCAGCCAUUCAGAAUCUAAAGGCAACUACAGACUUGUGCUUGCUGAAACUUCUACCAGCUCCUACAGAAACGAACAGGAAUCUCAGAUAAAACAUUUCAAAGAAGAACACAUCAGUGAAGAGCCGGAGUACAAAAAAGAAGCCACAAAGCAGAAAAGAAAGAAAAAUAGUGAAGGUGCAGAUUGUGGAAAAGAAAACGAGAAUAAAAAGAUAAUUAAAUUUAAGCUAGACUUGGUAAAUGAAAAGAAGUCAAGAACUUCUAAAGGCAAAACACUUAAGGAGAACCCCCUAGAGAAAGAAAGCAAAGAGGAUAAUAAGAAGCCUCAGGCAAAUAUCAAAACAGAAGAGGAGCUACCCUGGGAUGAGUCUGUCUUUGAAUAUUGA